ACGAGAAAGGCUAUAGGUCGAGAUGCACGCGCCUUAUAACAAACACCAUGAGCCAACCGGAUUCGGGGUUCCAUCCAAGCACCCCACGACACAAAGACGCCUGCAGCUAGCCUAUCAAGAAGCGCUUCUCUAGGCCGAACGAAUAGAUAGCUCCAGAAUCCCUGAACGAUGGGUUAUAUCGCCGAACACUACUUCUAUGAGGAGAUGGACUGUCCGUAAUUCUAGGCUUGUGACCAUAUCGGGCUCUUGUGAUAGGCAACUCAAAGCCUUUAGCUUGUCUGACUCCAACGCGAAAGCUCAAAAAGUCACUAUCGUGAGCGUACUCAAUGUCUUCUCAUCGGCUCAUAUCGGUGCCUUCACGGCGUCGCGUACGGCCCGAAACCCCACCACCGGCAUAUUCAGAAUACGACAUGCACGAAAUGUCCCAGCUAGCUCCCUACGAACAAGAUAUCCGGAGCACACUAGAGUUAGAGUACCACACCCCGGGUAUAUCACCACAACCUGCCGCAACCGGUCCCCGUUGCCAAUCCACUUUCUGCUAUAGAGCCGUGGCGGGGAUAGGCCACUACUGCCGAAAGCACAAAUGUAAUGUAGCCGGCUGUGUUGGCCGUAGAGAAAAGGGGCAUGGCAAGCGCUAUUGCACAGUACACGAGUGUUUCUGGAGAGGAUGCCACAGCUCUAAAGCCGGGCGUUCGAAUUAUUGCGACCAACAUACUUGUCAACUAGAAGGCUGUCACGAACCAAGUCCGGAGGAAUACUAUCGUUACUGCAAUGUCCACACUUGUCGCGUCCAGCGCUGUGCUAGUCGGCGCGAAUCUCCCUCGAGGUACUGUUCCAAGCACAGAUGCCGCGCCAACCACUGUUCCCGCGCAUUUUCAAAAUCAAGCGAAUUUUGUACGGAUCAUAGAUGCGAAGUAGACCGAUGCGGAGCAGCGCGGCGCGACGGUAGCAAUCUCUGCAGCCGUCACGAGUGUUCAGUCGAAGACUGCAACGGGAGGAGGGUUGAGAAGAGUCAAUUCUGCGGCGCGCAUAAGUGCGUUACUAAGGGAUGCGCAGAUGUUCAAAUCGAAGGAUUCCGCCAUUGCGCCCAGCACAAGUGCCUUUCGUGCGAGAGGCCUUGCAUACCCGAGAGUAGCUUUUGUCGUCGACACAAGUGUCGGGAGCCGAGAUGUCCGCAAGCACGGGCGAGUGGCACCACCCGGUGUCUAAGGCACGUCUGUCAAUGGGUAGGGUGUGCCGAGCCUGCGCUCCAACGUGACGGGUAUUGUGGUGACCAUACAUGCUCUGCCGGAGAUUGCACCGAGGGCGUAGUCCAGGGAGAGGACGCCAUUGGCUUCUGCUGUCGUCAUCAUACUUGCGCCGAGCAGGACUGCCUCCAGGAGAUAUCGAGAAUCGCGUACUGUGCCGAACACGAAUGCCCACGACGCACAUGCCUCAACUCUCGAUUCUGGGGUGAUAAUAAGCAGGACGAGAAAGAGCACCAGUGCUGCAGGAAUCAUACUUGCGCCCAAGAAACCUGCUACGCUCCCACGGUGCGCAACAGGGCGUUUUGCGACCAACAUGUAUGUUCUUAUGCCGGGGGUUGCAUGUCGUCUAAAGUCCCGAACCUCGAAUGCUGUGAGGCACAUAGAUGCAACCAGGGUUCGUGUCAAAACCCCUGUAUCCCAAGUAGUUUAUUCUGCAGCGAUCACGUCUGUGCUUGGGAGACGGGGUGCUUACGCGGUCGUGGUGGUCCAAACCAGAUCUACUGCGACUCUCACACAUGUACCGAACCGAGUUGCCGACAGAGAUGUAAAGGAUCGCACGGUCUUUGCUCCGUGCAUGCCUGUCGAUGGAGUCCGUCGUGCUUGAACGCGCCCUCGAAUUCUGGAGAAUAUUGCCAGCGUCAUUCGUGUAUUAAAAACGAAUGUACCAGGGCAAGUUUAGUCGAAGAGAGUCUGUGCCGCCAUCACGCCUGUUCGUGGAGUUCGUCCGUCUGUCUCAAGCCUCGCUGGAAAAGAAGUAGCUACUGCGGAGACCAUACCUGCGGAGAGAUGGGCUGCGGCUUUUCUCGAGUUGCGGGCGGGUCAUAUUGCUCUGAUCAUUCCUGUCAGGCAUCUAAGUCUUGCGCCGGGCAGGCGGAAGUAGGAAGCGACUAUUGCAUCGAGCACAAGUGCGGUAGACCGAACUGUAGAUUGAAGAGCACACGGGGUACACGGUUUUGCAAGAACCAUAAAUCCUUAUAUCGUCCAAUCGGGGCUCAUGAACUGACAAGCCUACAGAGGUAAGGAGCAACAUCCAUCGUCCCUAAAGCGUCAUGUUUAACUUACUUGUGUAGUUUCCGGUCGCGUGCGGGAUACGGUGUAAUUGACCCCUUACUUACGGCAUCGCUUACACAUGUGGACUCGCCACGGAAGUUUCCGAAAAGGCUUCCUAGGCAACGCCAAUGGGCCUGAGGGAAUAAACGAUGUUCGUAGUGACUACCUAGGUAACCUUGUUGAGCUUUGACGUGACUAGAUUGUACUUAUAUGAAUCUAUCGUCAGAUUGGAUUGAUGUUAGUACAUACCUGCUACGAGAUAUUGAUUGUAUGAUUCUUCUUAUGAUGUAUAUGGCAAGCCUAUAGAAUUGAUACCGGGAGAAUGUAUAUCCUCAGGUUAGAUUAUUAUGAACUAUUUAUAGCUGACAGCUCUUAUUCAAAACGAGUUAUAAGGCUUUUACACAUUGCAAGGUUG